GUCAAUGUCAUCCUUCCUUGUUGUCUCCCACGCGGCAUCUCCUGACCCACUUUGGAUUUGCUGGAUCUCACUCUUUCCCCGCCUUCUCACUCCAAGUUGCUGCUUCAAUUCAAUCCAUCUCAAUCCCUUCACUGUCUUGACUCUUGACUUCUCCUUAAUCAAAUUCGGGACGCCGGGCACAAGGGAACGGAAAUGGAAGCUGCCGAUCCAACUCUGCGAGUUUUCUGCGUCGGAACCGCCGAUACCAAGCUCGACGAGCUCCAGUUUCUGUCCGACUCCGUCCGCUCCAAUCUCCGCUGCUUCUCCAACAAUGCUCCCUCCUCUCAUAAGGUCGAAGUUGUGGCGGUGGAUGUUUCCGUCGGUCGAAUGGAGGCUAAAAUUCCUGAUGGAGAUCCCAAUUUCGUAUCCAGAAACGACGUUCUCGCUUCAUCGGAGCAGGGAUCGACGGUACCGCUCCCCGACGACAGAGCCGAAGCUGUCGCGGUGAUGAGUAGGGCGCUGGAAUGCUUCCUGAAGAAGGCGCAAGAAAGUGGUGUACUCGCCGGCGCUAUUGGAAUUGGAGGUAGUGGAGGGACGUCCCUUAUAUCCUCUGCGUUUCGCUCGCUUCCGAUUGGAAUUCCCAAGGUGAUUGUGUCUACUGUGGCCAGCGGCCAGACUGGGCCGUACGUUGGGACUUCCGAUUUGGUGUUGUUUCCUUCCGUUGUGGAUGUAUGCGGAAUUAACAGCGUGAGUAGGGCGGUCUUAUCCAACGCCGGAGCUGCUUUUGCUGGAAUGGUUGUUGGAAGGCUGGAUAGGGCUGGGAGGUCUUCUGGGGAAAGUUCGAAACCCACUGUGGGGAUGACCAUGUUUGGGGUUACAACUCCAUGUGUAAAUGCUGUUAAGGAAAGGCUGGAAAAAGAAGGUUAUGAGACGUUAGUGUUCCAUGCUACUGGCGUUGGAGGCAUGGCAAUGGAGAAUCUUGUGAGACAGGGGUUUAUACAGGGUGUUCUGGACAUUACUACUACAGAAGUUGCGGAUUACAUAGUUGGGGGUGUUAUGGCAUGUGACAGUUCUCGUUUUGAUGCCUUGAUAGAGAAGAAGAUUCCUUUGGUCCUGAGUGUAGGAGCCUUGGACAUGGUUAAUUUCGGAGCAAAGGAUACUAUACCUUCUCAUUUCCAACAAAGGAAAAUUCACGUUCAUAACGAACAGGUUUCGUUGAUCAGAACAACAGCAGAUGAAAAUAAAAAAUUUGCUGCAUUCAUUGCUGAUAAACUCAAUAAAUCACCAGCCAAGAUCCGUGUUUGUCUGCCAGAAAAGGGCGUCUCAGCUUUGGACUCUCAUGGGAAGCCCUUUUAUGAUCCAGAUGCAACUUCAACUUUACUGAAUGAACUACAACAUUUGAUCCAGAAGACUGAGGAUAGGCAGGUGAAGGUGUUUCCUUAUAAUAUCAAUGAUCCUGAGUUUGCCAAUGUCCUGGUUAAUGCAUUUCUGGAGAUCAGUGCAAAACAUCCCCUGGAUCCAAAUCCUCCAGAAGCUACAGCAUCCAAACCUUCCGAGGAUCAAAGCAAUAGUAGUGUAGAAGAAUCAUCAAGAUGUGCAACCAUCCCAUACAGCCCAAGCAACUACCCUGAUGCUAGACCAGAGACGUUGCAAAAGACCAGCACAAUAUUACAGCAACUGAGAGGUCAAAUCGAUCAAGGAUUCCCUAUAAUUGGGGCUGGUGCAGGAACAGGGAUAUCUGCCAAGUUUGAGGAAGCUGGUGGUGUUGACCUCAUAGUCUUGUACAACUCGGGCCGCUUUCGAAUGGCAGGAAGGGGUUCUUUGGCAGGCUUGUUACCGUUUGCUGAUGCAAAUGCCAUUGUGAUGGAAAUGGCAAAUGAAGUUUUACCAGUAGUUACAAGAGUACCAGUGCUUGCUGGAGUGUGUGGAACUGAUCCCUUCCGGAGAAUGGAUUACUUCCUGAAGGGGCUGGAAUCCAUCGGAUUCAAUGGGGUGCAAAAUUUCCCAACUGUUGGCCUGUUUGAUGGCAACUUUAGACAAAAUCUGGAAGAGACAGGAAUGGGAUAUAGCCUUGAGGUCCAGAUGAUUGGAAAGGCCCAUAAAAUGGGUCUCUUGACAACACCAUACGCUUUCAACCCGAAUGAAUCCACUGCAAUGGCAAAGGCUGGUGCUGACAUCAUUGUCGCUCAUAUGGGACUAACGACUUCCGGGUCCAUCGGUGCCAAAACCGCCAUCUCACUCGAGCAAAGUGUAGAUCGUGUUCAAGCUAUUGCAGAUGCUGCUCACUACAUCAACCCUGCUGUUAUUGUGCUCUGCCAUGGAGGCCCAGUAUCUGGACCCAAGGAAGCAGAGUUUGUGCUUAAGAGGACUAAUGGAGUCCAUGGAUUCUAUGGCGCAUCGAGCAUGGAGAGGCUCCCUGUUGAACAAGCUAUAACGAGCACAAUGCGGAAGUAUAAAUCGAUUGCCAUAAAAAAGUAAAAGCAUCCAGUGUCGCCUGCUGCUUCGAGUAACCUUUACUCCUUUCUCUAAUGGUUUUACACUUUUACUGAAUAAGAACUACAAAUGAACUGUGGCUUUUGCUCGUGUGCUGUUUGUGCAUAUUUUUUUAGCUGAAAACUGAUGAACUUACAUCACACGAUAAAACACAUGUGUUUUGUAACUGACAUUGUUUUGGA